CCGGGUGCAAUCGCAGGGCAAUUGGCCCGAUCAACUGGUUGUCAAAUCCGCCAGCAUUUGAGCGGGCAGCAGGCGGAGUCGACGACAUGGAGGGGGAUGAGGAUAAGGACAACCUCUCCUCUGUUAAGCAUAUUGUGGUUGUGCUGUCAGGGAAGGGAGGUGUUGGCAAAAGUACGGUGACUGUUCAGUUAGCACUGUCUUUGAGGCAGGCUGGCAAGAAGGUGGGAAUCUUGGACAUUGAUUUGUGUGGCCCGAGCAUCCCUCGUAUGCUGAACCUGCAGACCAAGGACGUCCAUCAGUGUGAUGCGGGCUGGGUUCCUGUAUAUGCCGACAGAGAGAGGACCAUCGCCUUGAUGUCCAUCGGCUUCCUGCUAGAGAAUGUUAAUGAUGCUGUGGUUUGGAGGGGCCCCAAAAAGACAGCUCUGAUCAAGCAGUUUAUCUCCAGCGUGGCAUGGGGUGAGCUGGACUACCUCAUCAUCGACACACCCCCCGGGACGUCCGAUGAGCACCUUGCCAUGGUCGAGGGUCUCCAGCGGUACAGCAUCGAUGGCGCUCUGCUGGUCACCACGCCACAGGCUGUGUCCACGGGAGACGUCAGGCGGGAGAUAACGUUUUGUAGGAAGACGGGGCUGCGCAUCCUCGGCAUCGUCGAAAAUAUGAGUGGCUUUGUGUGCCCACACUGCGAGGAAUGUUCAAAUGUCUUCUCUAAAGGAGGAGGAGAAGAGCUGGCAAAAGUCUGUGGGGUGCGCUUUUUGGGUUGUAUCCCCCUGGACCCUCACCUGAGCCACAGCUUGGAAGAAGGCAGAGAUUUUAUUGAGGAAUUUCCACAAAGUGCCGCCUUCUCUGCGUUUAAGCAGCUCGCCCAGGCCGUUGAGAGAGGACCACCUUGAGACGGCCGAGCCCCCCACGUUCGCACUUUCCAGUUGUCAUUCUGUUUGUGUGCCCACUUAGAAAUAAACCCACUUUGGAGUCUUUAA